GAAACGAGCGAGCGAGCGAACGUUAUACGACGGAAGCGAGUUGUGUUUAAUAACGACCAAGCGAAAGAUCACAUUUUGCAACGCGACAGGAUCCAAACACAAAAACAAAAUAUAAAAUAAAAUAAAUUUCAACGAAUUUUGUGCAGGAUAUAAGCAUAAAAGUAUAACGGCGAAUCGCAAACGAAAAAAUAAAAUAAAUUAAAAUAAUAGCGAGUAAAGAAGAAAUCGGAAGAAAGUAGUGAAAUAAACGAAAAAAGAAGAAAUAAUAAAACAUCGAAUUAUUAAUGAAUGCGUAAUUCUUAUCUAUUUUGUAAAUAAAUUGCGCAAAUUUAAAAAUAUUCAAGCGAUUCAAAUAACAACGAGUAAUAAACGAAAACGAUUUUGUAAAAAACAAACAACGAAAAACUACAUAUAUUUUACUUUCCGAUGCAGUUCAAUACAAAACGACGAUCUAUAAAUAUUUUUAAACGAAAAGCGUUAAACAACGAAAAAAGCUGAAAAUAAAUAACGAAAGGUAUACAUUUGUGAAAAAAAAAAAAUUUUCUCUGAGAAAGGUAUUAUUAUUAAAAAAUAUUUAAAGAUAAAAAAUAACGAAACUUAAAAAUAAUUACUCGAAAUUAAUUUUGAAAAAUUAAUUAAUUAAAAAAUUAAAUUAAUUUUUAAAAAUAAACAAACAUUGCAAAAAAGACAAAUUAGUAGCGAUAUUAUUUUCUGUGGCAGCACUCAACUUUUAAACGCUGCAAAAAGCCGAACUUUGUAUAGAAACCGUUAAAGCACAAUGCAAUAAAGCUUGAAGUGUAGCAUACGGUACAAAAUAGCAAGAAGAAAUCGUAAAAAAGGUAAAGCAAGAUUCUUCUAGCUAUAAUUCUUAUCAGCUGAGAGGCUACAUACAGCAAAACCAACAAUAAAACUCAAAACGCAAAGCAAGUGUAUUGAAGUAGUCAAAAAGAAACACUAAAAGAUAAAGAGGCGCAAUAAAAAGUUAAGUGUGCGCCCAUAAUACACACACACAAACAUAUGUACAUGAGCAAAGGCGCUAGCAGCGAAGGCAGCUAAUUAAAAACGAAACAGUUGUGACGACGAAUGCACGUAAGCGUUAUGAAUUGAAUGCGUAGACACAGGCAAAAGUUGCAAAAAUAAUUUUUUUUAAUUUUCGAUUUAAAUAUUGUAAAAAAUUAAAGUUAGAAAAGCAGCGAGUGCAAGCGAAAAAGUGCAAAAACACGCAAAGUCAAAUUUAUAACACGCUGCCAAAAACUCAAUAAUCAAGUGCAAAAAACGCUUAAAAGCGACGCGAUAAGUUUUUAUAAUUUAUUGCUUAAUAAAGCAAAUACGAAAGCAAUGGUAAAUAAAUGCAAGAAAUUUAGUGAUUUUUUUAAAAUAGAAAAAGAAAACAAGUAAUAUAUUAAAACUUAUAUACCAGAAGCUUAAAAAUAAGCCAAGUGGACUUAAGUGCAACGCAAAAACGCGAUAGCAAAGGAAAAGUGCACACACCGACAUAAAUAAAAGUAAAUAAAUUAAUAAGUCCAACGUCUGCUAUAGUGUUUUAGAAUAGCGCUAGAAAAUAUAUACACACUCACACAUAUGCGUAUGUCUUAAGUUAGCAGACAAUCUUUGCUGGCGCGAUAAAGUAUAAAUUUUUGAAGGCAUACACACACGCACACGUAUACCUGCGCACUCGAAAAUAUACAUACGAGCAAAAUAAUAAUCAUUUUGCAGUUCUCAUGCUUAAAAGCAAAUAACAAUAAGCGCAAAAUAACAACAAACAAUAUUAAAGUGAUACUAAAGUACAAAGUAAAAGUUGAAAUACUUAAGCGUUUUCCAAGAGGAAGAGGCGAACCGGUUCGCAUAUUUCGCAAAGCACUUAUAAUACGACGGUAAAGAACUAAAAACAAAUAAAAGUUUUAAUAUUAUUCGCAUAAUCAAUCUCGCGCAACACAAGCGCUGGCAAGACAACAACUCAACUAUAAGCGACGCAAAACAAUUUGCAAUUAUAGAACUGUUGUAAGGUCGUUAAUAGCAGUACAACAACGCGCGUUGAAAAGAAACGUCUACACCAUAUUACAUCCUCAUCAUCUUCGUCAACGUCCUCCUCGUCCACAUCAUCGUCCGAAAUGAAGACGGCAGCACUGAAACGCGACUUGAGCGAAAUCAAAAAUUCCAUGUCCGAAAUCACCGAUCUGGUCGGUCGCAACACCAACAAUGCGAGCAGUGGUGGUGGUCUGGGCAGCAACAAAAAUCUGGCCAUCUCAGCGUCAGCGCAUCAGCCAUCCAUAAACGAUCUCACACAAAUCAAUGCGCUAAACAGCUCGGAUGCCAUCAACAAAUUGAAGAAGAAAAUCCGCUCAUCCAUUGAAAAUCUCGUCGACAGCGAUGCCGAACCGUUGGUAACGUUUCCCGACACAGAUGAUGAUCAUCAUAAUUUAGCCGAUUUGGUGAGUGCUUCGAAUGGCAAAUUGACGACCAAUGGACUGAAUGGGUCGGGUAAAAUCGUCGACACCGUUAAAUUCGAAGAGAAACGCACAAAGACCGAAUCGAAGACGAAAGUCGUAGCCGACGGUUUCAGUACGGAGCAGGCAACUAGUAAUUUAGCCGAAAUGAAACGGUUACAAACGGGUGAUAUCGACUAUCAGGAGGCUAAGGCGGCAGCAGCGAUGCGAAAUCGCACCGAAAUGGAUGGUGUGAAAACCGAGGAGAAUGCCGCCGUUAUACAGGAAGCCCUCUCGCUACGCACUGGCGAUAUAACUCAACAGGCUAGCAACAAUGUGGCCGCCGCCAGUAUUAAAGUGCAAAGUGACACCUUCUCCGCCGACAAGAAAGCCAUCUCACAAUCGCAACAAUCACAGACGAUGACCUCGAACGGCAUUAUUAGUCAGGAGAAACAUAUGUCGUCUGCUUCACAAGCGAAUUACACAAUGACCCAUAAGGGUGUCUCCAGUUCGGGCAGCAGCAUGAUCUCGUCCACCUCAUCGGCGCUCAUCAAAUUGCACGAUCUAAAGUUGGAUGAUCUGAAAGCGCUAACAUCUGGCAGCGGACAGCGAGAAAUCGAACAGGCUAUCGCUAAAUAUUCCCGAGUAUUAACAUCAUUCGUAAAUACGCUGGAGGAUUCGAAGGCAGCGCAAGAAAAAUCACUGUAUUUGGAGAAAAUCAAUGAGGUCAUGCAGCGCGCUUGGGCUGUGCCCACACACGGACACGAGCUCGGCUAUAGUUUGUGCAAUUCAUUGCGUAAUAGUGGCGGUUUAGAUUUGCUCAUGAAGAAUUGUGUACAGGGUGAUAUGAAAAUCAAGUUCUCAUCGGCCAAAUUAUUGGAGCAAUGUCUAACCACAGAAAAUCGUACACAUGUCGUGGACAAUGGUCUCGACAAAGUGGUGAAUGUGGCUUGUAUGUGCACAAAGGAACCGAACACAGAGCAUUCGCGUGUGGGUACCGGCAUACUGGAGCAUCUAUUCAAACACUCGGAGGGUACGUGCUCGGAUGUCAUCAAAUUGGGUGGUCUCGAUGCUGUGCUCUUCGAAUGUCGUACAAAUGAUGUGGAGACUUUGCGUCAUUGCGCUAGUGCCUUAGCCAAUUUGUCACUCUAUGGUGGUGCGGAAAAUCAAGAAGCUAUGAUCUUUCGCAAAGUACCCAUGUGGCUAUUCCCGUUGGCAUUCCAUGACGAUGAUAAUAUAAAGUAUUACGCCUGCCUUGCAAUUGCCGUACUCGUGGCGAACAAAGAGAUCGAAGCUGAAGUGCUUAAAUCAGGUUGUCUCGAUUUAGUGGAACCGUUCGUCACCACACACGAUCCCUCCGAAUUCGCGCGCUCCAAUUUAGCGCAUGCUCAUGGACAAAGCAAACAUUGGCUUGAACGUUUGGUGCCAGUAUUGAGUUCGAACCGUGAGGAAGCACGCAAUCUCGCCGCUUUCCAUUUCUGCAUGGAGGCGGGCAUUAAGCGUGAACAAGGCAAUACAGAAAUCUUUCGCGAUAUUGGCGCGAUCGAAGCUCUUAAGACUGUAGCGAGUUGCCCGAAUGCGAUCGCAUCUAAAUUCGCCGCGCAAGCGCUACGUCUCAUCGGCGAAACCGUGCCACAUAAACUCUCGCAACAAGUACCGUUAUGGUCGGUCGAAGACGUGCAAGAAUGGGUGAAGCAAAUUAAUUUCGGUCAGUUCGUAAAACAAUUCGAGGAGUCACAAGUUGAUGGUGAUCUCUUGUUGAAGCUGAAUGAGGAAAAUCUACGCGAUGAUAUUGGCAUCGCGAAUGGCAUACUAUUGAAGCGUUUCGAACGCGAGCUACAAAAUCUCAAACGCAUGGCCGACUACUCAUCGAAGGAUACGGCGAAGAUGCAUCAUUUUUUGGCUGAAAUCGGUUCAGAGUACUGCACAUAUACAUAUGCAAUGCUAAAUGCCGGCAUAGAUCGGAACUCGCUGCCACAGCUGAAUGAGGACAUGCUCAUUGCGGAGUGUGGCAUCAAGAACUCCAUACAUCGGCUACGUAUACUGAAUGCCGUAAAAAAUCUGGAAAACUCAUUACCCAGCUCGUCGGAGGAGAAUAUGGCAAAGACGUUGGAUGUCUUUGUCAGUUAUCGGCGUUCGAAUGGCUCGCAGUUGGCCAGUUUAUUGAAGGUUCACUUGCAGUUGCGCGGUUUCUCGGUGUUCAUCGAUGUUGAGCGCCUGGAAGCGGGCAAAUUCGAUAAUGGACUGCUAAACAGUAUUCGACAGGCGAAAAAUUUCGUUUUAGUAUUAACACCAAAUGCGUUGCAACGCUGUGUGGAUGACGACGAUGGCAAGGAUUGGGUGCAUCGUGAAAUCGUCGCCGCGUUGAAAUCAAAUUGUAAUAUUAUUCCUAUAAUUGAUCAACAAUUUAUGUGGCCCGAGACCGAUCGCUUGCCCGAAGAUAUGCGCAGCGUUUGCCAUUUCAACGGCGUCACGUGGAUACAUGACUAUCAGGAUGCCUGCAUCGAUAAACUAGAGAGAUUCAUGCGUGGUGAGAAGAAUUUGGAUCGCCUUGUGGGCAUACCCAGCACACCGGGCUCGGUGACCUACCAAAGAAUGCACAGCAAUGACUCCGACUAUCAGCAGAGCGUGGGCGGCGGCAGCGUCGGCGGCGGUGUUAAUGGCGUUGUAUGUGUUGGCGGUGCCGGUGGUGCGGCGAAUAGCAGCGGACAAGCUAAUCACCAGGCAAAUAGAUACCGGCAAUCCCCCUCACCGGCCAGACAACGGAUAGGCGGCAGCUGCGGGCCGCUCGGCAGCAACGGUCAACUGAGCAUGUUCGGGCGUGGUUCGAAGCGCAACCUAAUAACGCCUUACCGCACACAACAGACAAUGGCACAGCCGAAGGCGCUGCUCAUGGGUGGUUCCAUGCAAAACAUGUCACCGACUGGCUACCGGCCGCCACGACGCAGCUCGGCCAGUGGCAUUAAUAAUGGCAAUAGCAAUGGCGUGACAGCCGGUGCUGCCGCUAACUAUCGCAGUCACAGCGUCGAUGAAUUGCUGGACACCACCGACGGUUUGGGCUCCAACGAUCGUAUUGCCGAUAUGGCAGCACGCGUUACGGCCGGCAGCACAGCGCUGACCAACGCCAGUUCGACGAGCACACUCCAACCGGGCAAUGAUUACGCCUCAUCGGUCGGUUCGCUGUCCGAGUUUUCCAAUGAAGCGCCGCAAACGGUCGCUAGACGUGAGAAGAGCGCAAAUAUACCACCCAAUGCGCAGCAUCGUAAAUCGCGUUCACUCGAUCAUUUUCUCGACGAUAAGACGUUGGCGUUGGUGGUGGCGUCGAAACCACAACCGGCACCCAUGGAAGGUACACAGAGUAUGCAGAAUCUUGCCACACCCGCAACGCCCGAUCUCAAACGCGGCACACGCACACAACCGUUGACGCAACGCGGCGACAGCGUGUCAACAUCCAGCGCCGCAACGACGCCCGAGCCUGCCGAUAUCGGCGUACGGAAGACGCACGGCGGUGGCGGCAUGCUGCCGUUGACGCGUCGCAGCCCGGAGGGUGUCAGCUCGACUGAUGAUGCACAAUCGUUGCGCAGCAGCAAUACCUCGUGCGGCAGCAUGUUUAGAUCGCAGGUGCGCGCAUCGGCGCAUACGCAUCGCGGUAGUCAGAAUAGUGGCAAAACGUCGACGUCAUCGCUGAGUAGCAAUGCGCCAGGCAACAACACGCACAGCACCAACAACAACAACAAUGCAAACAAUAAAACCAUUCUGAAUCGAACAAUUAAAAAAGUUCGUUCGCUGAUGAAAAAACCAUAAGAGAGCAUCAAUAACUUGUUGCGCCUUUUGCCUGAAACCGUCGUCGUGCACGCCCAUUUCAACGUGUUUGUCUUCUCCAACGCAACUACAUCCCAAUGUCACCUAACUUGGAUUAUCAUUACUGAGCACUAUGUGAUGUGUCUCAUAACGCAUACUUAUAUAUGUACAUACAAACAUGCAUUAGCGCUAAGUGCUAGUUAUGAAAACAAAAUCAUCGGCAAAACUUUAACAAUUUCGUUUUAAACACGAAAUACCAAAAAACAAAAAUUAAAACUUAGCAGCAAAUGAAAUGGAAUAAAUGGCGCUUUAUCAAAACCGUAACCCGACCGAACUAACCAAUUGUUGUGAUUGGUUGUCAUUAUCAACAACAAUCAAUCUAUCUAUUUUAAAUUCAUGUUUGAACGUGUACUGCGUUUUUGUUGUAUUCGUUUAAUUAGCUGUUAACAAAACAAUUAACUCGUAAGCACAAUGUCAACUUUUAACUAUUUAUUAUUAAUGUCACUUUUCCAAAAAGGAAAACAAAAACAUAACAAAGCAAAAACUAACAUAGUGUUAGUGCAUAAGAGAAAAUUUUCGACAAUUAAAUUAAACUAUAAAUCGCUACUAAAUUUUCAACUUUGUUUUAAACUUAUUUAUUGUUUGUAAAAUAUUUUAAUUUCACACUUUCUUGUUUUAAUCAUUUUGCACUUGCAUUUUCUCUAUCUUUCUCUCUGUGUCAUAUAAAAUCACCAAUGUUUUGCACACAUCAAAAAAGCAAGUGCUGUAAACUAAUUAUGUUAUAUUUACUCUGUAAUUACACGCGCAUUUAGUAACGACUUAGACGACGACGAAAUACGUGAUUUAAUAUUAACAAAAACAACAACACCAUCUUCCGGCAGAAUUAUAUUUUGGUAGUAUCAUACAGAUUAUAAAAUAUGGACGACCGGCACGUGCAAAAGCGAAAAAAAAGCAGUUGACCGACUAAUUGCAAGUAUUUGUAUUUGGAACAGACGUUUCCAAUUUCCUUUUAAGCGCCAUGGAGCAAGCGUCUUGUGCAGCUUUUGUCUCGCUUACAAAAGCAAAUUCGAAGUAUUCAAACUCCAGCUAAAGCAUAACUUUUAAAGGUUCAAUGCGCGACAAGGCACAACUCAUAGUGCAAUGAUAAGUGUUAGCUAUAUAUUUAACAAAAUUAUGUCUACCGAAAUCACCCUAAUCUAAUUUACUAACGAAAAUUGUUUAUACUAUUUUAAAAUUGUAAUUGUUAAGAAUUUUCGUACAACGCUUUGUAAAAAUGUAAAAUUAUGAAUUCAAUUUUACGAAACACACAACGUAUCGAAAUAAAUGUUGAAAGUAUUAUACUUAUA